AUGACCAAGACUGUUGAUGAAGCUAAGGUUCUUAUUGAGAAUCUUGCAGCUAGUGAUUGUAACAAUUGUCCUGAUUAUGACCGCUCAAGCCGCACCACUACUAGCUCCCCUGAUUCUUUUCAAAUGACUGAACUCAAGAACAUGAUGGCUCAAGUUCUUAAGGGACAGCUCAAGCAUAUCAAUGCAAUAGAAGGGAUGAGUGAUGCUAAUGAAGACCCAUCAAGAGAAUGCAUGGGAGAUUUCUCUAAUGAAGCCAAUGAAGAAGAUGUGAACUACAUUGGAAACUAUGGGAACAAGGGAUACAAUCCAAGCUAUCGCCCAAACCCCAACAUGUCUUAUAGAAACCCCAAUGUGGAGAAUCCUCAAGACCAAGUGUAUCCUCCAAGGUAUCCACAACAACAAAGACCUCCUUACCAAUCUCAAGGAAGUCAAUUCAGCCAAGGCAAGGAUAUGAGCAGAGAACAUCAUAUCCGCCCAAGGAGCCAUAUGCUUCUUCACCAAAUCAAGCUCCUCCAAACCAACAAGGUGGGAGAUUUGAAGGAAUCCUCCAACAGAUCAUGGAUGGCCAGAAAGAAAUAG